AUGGGACUCUCCGCCGGUCCAACAAAUUGCGUGGGGAUUUUCUCCAGCGAUGGCGUGGGGAUUUUUCCCUUCGGCGGUGGAAUUGGGUUUUGGUGGCAGUGGAUUGUGGGUUUGGUGGACGAUGUCUUUGGAGGCGAAAAGAGGUCGACCGCCGUCGUGGUCAUCGGGAGCAGUGAGCAUGGCGGUGAUCAGACCGCCGGUGCUUGUUCCGGCGAUGAAGGCGACUAG